AGGACGUACCCAUUCCAGUGGCAGCCGUGCCAGGCCCUGCACCCAUCCCAGCACAAACUGUUCCCCCGGUGUCACUGCCACUGCGUUUAGCAUGGCAUUAUUCCGCCCCGGCGCAGCGGUACACCUGGCCCAGCACCUCCAGGCCGCGGUGCAACACAUGGUGCCAAGAUCAAUGAGUAAUGUAGCAUCCGGAAAGUGGCAAAUUGUGGGUGCAGCGUGCAUCACCCGCCCCCCUGUGUUGUGUCCUCCCAUGACGCCUAUAGAGCAGCAGUAUUCAGAGAUGCUUGCUGCUAUAGAGAAGGAGAACUCCCUCAGAAGUGAUCAUGAACUUAGACUAGAGAGGGAUCGUAUUAACAUGGAAGUUAUGAAGUCUGGGGAAGCAGAUGAAGUAGACCUUGAAGAAGCCUCCAAGCAGACGGCCUUGGAGUUUGAAGAUGUUUGUUCUGAAGAACUGAAAAAUUUCACAUCCACACACCUUGAUAAAGGGAGAAAUGAAGUGAAAGACCUAAAGAGUCUUGAUCGUGCCCUUGAAAGAUCUUUGGUUCUUGUGGUGAAGCAGAAGUUGGGAAGCAACGAGGAAUGGGUCUUUCCACAAACACCUUGGCAGCCUGGAGAAACAUUAAGACAAACAUGCGAGCGAUUAGUUCAAGAAACAUGUGGAGGUGGCUUAAAAGUGAAAUUUCUGGGCAAUGCUCCUUGCGGGUUUUACAAGUACAAGUUUCCCAAAACUGUUCGGAAAGAGGGCUUCAUCGGUGCUAAGGUCUUCUUUUACAAAUGCCAAGUUCGGAACAAAGAUGGGACGGUUGAACUGGGACCAAAUGUUGUUGAACACCAGUGGCUGACACAAGAUGAAUUGGAUAACAAGUUCAAACAAUCUUAUGCUAAGUCGAUCUCACAAUUCUUGGUUUCAGAUAGAUAGAAAUAAGUUGUAAUUAUUCACACAUGUAUUUAAGAAUAGAGAUAGCUCUCAGUUUUAUGGCCUUGUAUAUACCUUAGUUAACCAAAAUAGAUUCAGUAAUUCCAUCAGUGCCAAUGGUAGGUACAAAAGUGUUUCAUUGCUAUUUUCAGUGAUCCUUUGUAAUUAUUCUGUAACUGCAAGACUUACAUUAGUACUUGUUAUUUAUUGUUCCUCCAAAAUUUACAAGGAAUCAAGGAAGAGCUGACAAUGCCUGACUGAUUACAAUUACCUUAUACUAGUUCAAAGGUUAACCAGGAGCUAAAUUUACAACCCCCUUUACUAUCUGACUUUAAAACUAUAAGAUAUAUUAAAAGUCUAUUUAACUGAAUACCAGCAACCCUGUGCCUGUUUGAAUACAAACUUUUUUCAGACUUUCAAAUGGCACCAGGUUUCACAGUGAACAUAUAUGUACAUAUCUACGCAUUAAGUAAUAUUAUUGAUUAAUAUGA